UCCCUCGGUUCCAGACGGCGCAGGCAGCCGCCGCGGCAGCAAGCUGGCUGCGGCCCCGCGAGGCCAUGAAGGUGAAGAAGGGCGGCGGCGGCGGGGCCGGGACGGGGGUGGAGCCCGCUCCAGGGGCCUCGGGCCGGAGCUUGGAGACCAAGACGGAGCUGCAGGCGGAAUCCGAAUCCGGGUCCGAGUCGGAGCCGGAGGCAGGCCCGGGGCCCAGCCCGGGGCCGCUGCAGAGGAAGCAGCAGAUCGGGCCGGAGGACGUGCUGGGGCUGCAGCGGAUCACGGGCGACUACCUGUGCUCCCCUGAGGAGAAUAUCUACAAGAUUGACUUCGUCAGGUUCAAGAUUCGGGACAUGGAUUCAGGCACUGUUCUCUUUGAAAUCAAGAAGCCCCCAGCCUCAGAGCAGUUGCCCAUCAACCCACGGGACCUGGACCCCAAUGCUGGGCGCUUUGUCCGCUACCAGUUCACGCCUGCCUUCCUCCGCCUGAGGCAGGUGGGAGCCACCGUGGAGUUCACGGUGGGAGACAAGCCUGUCAACAACUUCCGCAUGAUCGAGAGGCACUACUUUCGCAACCAGCUGCUCAAAAGCUUUGACUUCCACUUUGGCUUCUGCAUCCCCAGCAGCAAGAACACCUGCGAGCACAUCUAUGAUUUCCCCUCUCUCUCUGAGGAGCUGAUCAACGAGAUGAUUCGUCACCCAUAUGAAACACAGUCUGACAGCUUCUACUUCGUGGAUGACCGGCUGGUGAUGCACAACAAAGCAGACUAUUCCUACAGCGGGACGCCCUGACCCCCAACCAGCCCCUGCCCCAGGAGGGUCCUGGACCCGCAGCCGUGGCCACCCCAGCACUCACCUGUCAGCCCCAGGUCUUCUGCCUGGGCAGUGCUCCAGAAGCCCUGAACCCUUAGUCAGCGUUGGGAGGGCGGGUGCCUGAUGUCCCCCGUCCAAGUCUGUGCAGCCCAUGGGGCCUGGCACGUGGGGUGGGGUGGUGGGGGCUGUUUGCCUCCAUAGCCAGGAAGACCUCCCGUGGGAGGAGUAGCCAGGACUUGCGGACAGCCGAGCUGGGCCUCUUGGGCCUAAGUUUCAGAACAGUGUUCCCCUAUCCAGGCUUUGACUAGGUCGGGGCAGGGACCCAUUCCCUGUCCCCUACCCACCACUGACAGGCCAUUUAGAGUUGUAAAUUCACAGAGGAAGGUCCUUGUGGGAUCUGGCAGUCAAGCUGCCCAAGGGGGUCUGGGCCCUGACCACAGCCCCAGCCUCUACCAUCAGGGGCUGAGAUCCUGCCUGAGGUGUGAGUGGGGCCUGCCCAGAUUGCAGCCUGGGGUAGGGGCUGGACCAACUGUAUAUAGUUUUCAAUAAACUCUUUCUCCUUUUCUCUUC